UCAGGGCCCUGUGGCUAGUUUUCCAAUUUGACUAGCAGGUAUGCUGUUCCUGGAGGAUACAGCAAGAAUUCGUUAGGUAUUUUACAGUGCGGAGUACAGAGUACAACCGUCCACCGUGCCCCGUACACAGUAGUCAAUAAAAUUAUGCCGGACGGUACUCCGUACCGCGUGCUCCAUCUCUUCUCGGCGUUUGCCAUGAUUUGAUUGCUGAAGGUGCUCCACGAUGGACUCCCAAGGUUUGAGGCCAAAAAAGACGAAGAGAAAGGGGGUGCCCACCAUUUCCCUACAUACGCGCAGCAAUGCAUAUUUUUACAACUUGCCCCAUCACAAAAUCCUGUCCCAGAUGUGGAUUAUCCAUCAUCGCCACAAUCUUAAGGGUCGCCGACCAAAAAAGUUCGCCAUCCACGAGGAAUUCCCCGUUGCCCCGGUUGCGAAUUCGUACGUCAUCCGGAAGAAGGGCACAGUUUUUCUGGGAGGUGGCUCGGUCCUGCCAGCGCGCAGAUUUUUGGGCGAUAACCGUAACUCUGAGUCGGCGACGUUAUGUGACCACGUACUCCGUACUCCGUAACCAUUCGGUACCGUACCUUGCAAUACAGUACAAAAAGGCUGAGUAUUUUUGGCAUCAUAUAUUUAUCACGUGAGUGUGUCUGAAAAGCCUGGGUCCCAAGCCAGUGAUUGAGACGACAAUCAAAGGCAGAACGCGAUGUGACAUCAGAAGCGAAACCGGAUCUUCUGACGCGACGGACGCAGUGAGGCGGAUCCUCCCUCUUUGGGACACCCGCGGCCAUUUCAGGCAGCGCAGAAAGCGCGCGUCACCCCGUGGACCAUGGUCGCCGAACCACAAGGACGGCGUGACAAGGCCAGACAUACAUGUAGAUUUAUCCGCAUGUGCUAAGGAAAUUCAACGCAAUGUAUGGCCACCCAACAGACUUUUGAGGAAGCCACUGAGAGUCUGCGACACCCGGUGAAACCUGGUCCUUGACUUGUGGAAGAGUUGGAAUAUGUCUUCUGACAAUGAGAGGGUUCCUAACCCGUUUCAAGGUUGCUGGAUCGAGGAGAAAUAACGCAAGAGUUGAG